GAAACAAUUCCUCGCCGAGCCCGAGUGACUAGUUACGCAAACUCUUACCGACAGAUGCCCUUAGUUGUCAUUUGCUGAAAAUCCUGGCGGUCGACUCCUGUGACAUGGCUGCAAAUAAUUCGGCAGAAAUCGAGGAUACAGACAAGAAGGACCAAGAAGUAGCAAAUUUGGAAGAAUUUCCACCAGAGCUUCUUAUCAAGCAUCCGUUGCAAAAUACCUGGACACUUUGGUACUAUGAGAAUGAUCGCAGUAAGACAUGGGAACAAAAUCAGCGUGAAAUCACAAGUUUCGACACAGCAGAAGAUUUUUGGAGCUUGUACAAUCACAUAAAGUUGGCCUCAGAGCUGCGGCAAGGCUGUGACUACAGUAUGUUCAAGCAGGGUAUUCGGCCAAUGUGGGAAGAUGAUGCAAAUAAAAAAGGAGGCAGGUGGCUGAUUAGCUUGGACAAAAAGCAAAGAGGAAGUGAUUUGGACCGUUUUUGGCUUGAAGUUCUUCUCUGUAUGAUUGGUGAAGCAUUUAACGAGUUCUCUGAUGAUGUAUGUGGAGCUGUGGUCAACGUAAGACCAAAAGGUGACAAAAUUGGUGUAUGGACAGCAGAUGCAAACAGGGGUCAAAGCGUAUUGGAAAUCGGGCGCAAACUAAAGGAAAGACUGCGGAUUGCACCAAGGGUGCAAAUAGGCUACCAAAUUCAUAAAGACACCAUGGCUAAAGCAGGAAGCGUCACGAAGAACACUUAUUCGGUUUAACCACAGCCCUUUUCUAUUAUUACUAUACAUCAUCCUCACAUUUCCUGACCCCAACCAUUCGAAUAACAAAUAAUUGCAAAGCAAAUUAUCUAAUAGAUAUAUUUAUGGAUCAUCUGAAUUCAACUGUCUGUAUUCAGGAGAGGAAUAUACACAUGUACAGAACUAGUGAAUGGCUGAGCAAAGAAAUAAGCAGUCCCUUCCCCUAUUGCGCCCUCCAAAAAUUAUGUUGACGUAAUCAUGUUUCCUCUCAUAAUACGCGACUGAGUGAUGGUUAAUAAAUGAGUUAUUAUAUAACUAAAUGCAAGAUUUGUUAGUAUAAAAUUUUACAUUGAUAUAUAUAACUUGUUCUCACAGUUAUUUACCCAGAGGACAUUAGCGCAGGCUGCUGUAUUUUUUUUCCCUAUAUAUAUAAUUUUUCUUUUAUAAGAAUAUGUGAAAGAAUCUGUACACAAAGGUAUAGUCAAGUCAUAUGUGGAAUAAAGUUAUUCUUUUCUCACAA